UUGGGCCUGUCCUCUCCAACACAAAAGCCCUUCACUAUCUCUCGCCCUCUCACUCGAACAAACUCACUGGAACAGUCAAACACAGAGAGCACAAGGAAAGGAAAGGAAGAGAGAAUGAAGCCACAGAAAAUGGAUGGGAAGUCGAAGCCUGGGGUGCCUUACGGUGGGAUGACCGACACGUGGGUGAAGAAGCACCGUCUGAUCUACAUUGGAGCCACCCGACACCCUUUUAUCCUCAGCAUUCGUGACGGCACCGUCGAUCUUCCAGCCUUCAAACGAUGGCUGGGGCAAGACUACAUAUUUGUUAGGGCGUUUGUGCCUUUCGUAGCGAGUGUGCUGAUAAGGGCUUAUGAGAAAGGUGAUGAGAGUAGUGGUGAUAUGGAAGUGAUAUUGAGUGGUUUGGGUUCUCUGAACGAUGAGAUUGCAUGGUUCAAGCAAGAGGCUUCCAAAUGGGGUGUUGACCUCUCUCAAGUUGCCCCUGAAAAACCAACCCAACAUUACUGCAGAUUUCUAGAGGAAUUAAUGAGGCCAGAGGUUGAUUAUACUGUGGCCAUGGCAGCCUUUUGGGCCAUUGAAGCUGUGUACCAAGAGAGCUUUGCCCAUUGUCUGGAAGAGGGGUCCAAAACCCCACCAGAGCUAAAAGAGGCUUGUCAGAGAUGGGGCAAUGAUGGGUUUGGUCACUACUGCUCUUCUCUCCGAAACAUAGCUGACCGUUUGUUGGAGAAGGCGGCUUCAGGCAGCAUGCCUCUGGUGAAGGUUUCAGAAGAUGUGGUGAGCAAAGCUGAAGUAACAUUCCUGCGUGUGCUUGAAUAUGAGGUUGAUUUCUGGAACAUGAGCUGUGGAACAGCUGGACACUCUGCUCCAAAACCCUAAGAGUGGAAGCAGGUGAUCAGCUUGCUUUGGUUUGUUUACUUUAAUGUUCUGAGACUGAGAACAGUAAAAAUUAGGCUACAGUUGCACGAAGUAAACAACUCUUACCUGUGUUUGUGUAAAUUAAACUACGCUAUAAUAAGUCACUGUUUGACAUCUAUAUAUAGCUUUUAAAUCCCAUUUUAAGUCAAACAUAUCUAGUGCCAAAGCUUUUGUAAGGUUGGAGCAAGUCUCUCUAUCGAGCGGUCCGAAAAUAGACAAAUCUUUCCUUGUAUU